ACCAGCAGUCAUCAAUGUUAUUAUUAGUAAUUCCGAAUAAAGUUUAAGGAGCCUAACUAGUCCUAAACUAAUCAAAGUGUCAUCUUCUAUAAAAGCUGGCAACUAACUCCAACCUCUUGUGCUAAUCGCUCAAUGAUUCUUUCUUUUUUCUUCUUUGUAUCCUUCUUCAUCCAUAUUCUUUUCUGUUCGUUAGGAUCUGUAUACUUCUUAGAGCUCCAAUAUAAUAGUUCAAUGGCGCAUAACACAGAAGAGUCGUUCUCUAACAAUACUAAUAACCAUCAAGCCUACAACAUGAUGAAUAUUACUUCAUCCUCAUCAGUUGAUAACUCACCAACACCAACAACAACCAAAGUUCCAUCAUCGAAAUUCGAUUUCGUUAAGAAGUUAUACGAAGAGCAUUGCCCACCAGGCUUUCUCAAAAAGGUGAUCGCAGAGAUAAUAGCUACAUUUCUGUUAGUUUUUGUGACUUGUGGAUCGGCAGCGUUGAGCAACACUGAAGAUCACAAAGCCUCUAAGUUAGGAGCUUCAGUUGCUGGUGGACUUAUCGUCACGGUUAUGAUAUAUGCCGUUGGUCACAUUUCUGGUGCUCAUAUGAACCCAGCUGUUACGUGCGCUUUUGCGGCAGUAAGGCAUUUCCCAUGGAAACAGGUGCCAUUUUAUGCUGCAGCUCAACUGACAGGGGCACUGGUUGCUUCGUUUACCCUCGGUGUCGUGUUACACCCAACCCAAAAUAUUGGAACUACUUCUCCUACUGGAACUGAUCUCCAGGCUUUAGCCAUGGAAAUUAUUGUUACGUUUUCCAUGAUGUUUGUUACCUCUGCAGUCGCCACCGAUACUAAAGCAAUUGGAGAGUUAGCAGGGAUAGCUGUUGGUUGUGCUGUUUGCAUCACUUCUAUCUUAGCCGGGCCGGUGUCUGGUGGAUCGAUGAAUCCAGCAAGAACGAUCGGUCCAGCAGUUGCGAGUAAACAUUACAAGGGAAUAUGGGUGUAUAUGGUUGGACCACUAUUAGGGACACUAAUGGGAGCAUGGUCUUACAACAUGAUUCGAGUGUCUAAUAAGCCGGUUCAUGCAAUUUCACCAAGAUCAUCUUCAUUCAAGGUUCGUCGAUUGCUAAGCAAUAAUCAAGAAAACCAACUGGCAAACAAAAAUCCUAUGGAUGAUCUUUAAUCCAAUUUUCUGUAAUUAAGCGUUCUUGGUUGUAUCAAUAAGUAUUCGCUGAACUGACCUCAUCUAUUUAUUGUAAACAAGCACAAUUUUUAGAAACAUCAUAUACGGGAGAACUACACCAUCCGAGCCAACAAGGUACAACUUACCGGUAGUGUCUAAA